UGACAUCGCACGACCACUAACGUCCCUCCUGAGAAAGGAUGAACCAUUAAUUUGGACGGAAGCCCAGGACACAGCUAUGAGCCAGCUCAAACAGCGCCUGUGCUCUGCUCCGUGCCUGGCUUACCCAGACCCAGGAAAAGAAUUCUAUCUGGACGCUGGAUUCUCCAGCCAUUGCCUCAGCGUAGGCCUAUACCAGCUCCAUGACAAAGACAAGCGAGUGGUCGCUUAUGCCAGUAAAACGCUGCUUCCCCCAGAAUGCAUGUAUUCAGACGAGUACGCAAAUACAAAGGGUCCGUGUGAAGCAAGUACUGCGUAAAAAUUGUCCCAUAUGCCAGCUUAGCGUGAACAGAAUUAAUUUAAAAAGGCACAUAGAAAGGAAACACACAGGAAAACAUAAGGACAUUACAGCAAGUUCACACCUUCUAAGUGAAUGCAUAGAUCCAGAGAAUGGAGUUUAUACUGUUCAUAAAUCUUUUCACGGGGUCACUACACCUCUGCACGUUCAAAAUAAAGUCUGGGGGGAAAAUCAACACGUUUUCUGUGAAUCUGCUGAGUGCCAGGUGAACAUGGAGUUGGCAUGGAGAAGUGGGUUAAAAGCACAUCAAUGCGUACACCUUAAAUCAUUAACUUACUGCACAUCCUAUGUCUCCUCUCCUGUACUUAGUGAGGAAACACUUAAUGAGAUGGUGAACAGCCGGUGGUUUGGCGAGGAUAAAAAGAAGGUCUGCCUUGAUCUGCAAAACCUUGCAAAUGCCAACCAUAUACCUCUGUCUGUAUACUCCCAAAUUGGAAUCCCUCAGUCCAAAAAAUACAUAUCUGUUUAUGAGCCGACUGUUUCAUAUUACAGUCGUUUAGGAAGAGUCAUGGUGUCAUAUGAGACAAAAAAGGAUUCAUGGCACUGUCCUUGUGCAAGGACGAAGAGAUCAUGCCAACACAAGUACAUUGCAAAAUGGCACUUAUUUCAGACUCACCAUGAGCUGUUCAGGAAAGUCUGGUGCACUGAGGAGGUGGAAUUUCAAACAUCAACAGAGGAUGGAGGCCGUCAUGAUGAGGUUGAGCUGGGUAACAUUCCUUAUCCUCCAAAAGAUGACCAAAAGUUCAAAGCCAUGGUUGAGUAUAUUUUGAAGUUCAAAAAAUUACCUGCUGUUCUGCCAGAACAUUUACGUCAUGCAUUAUUGGAAAAAGAAUACCCAAGGCACCUCAUUCCACUGGAGAUGAUGUGCCAGCAGUGCCCUGGCAAUGUACCCAUGAGUGACCCAAUCCUCAUUACAAAUAAGGCCAAAAUCCUAACCAGGUCGCGUAUUAUUGAAGACAGCUCUACAUACUGUAAAUCUUGCCAUCAAUGCGGAACCUUCUACCGUUACCAAGAGUGGAAAGAUGGCCUACACAAUUUUAAUGACCGGAUAAUCCUUGAUCUCUCUUUAUGCUUAACCAUAAGGAACAUGCUACAGGUGCAUACUGCAGUGAGCAGAGUGGUAGAAUAUUUAGAACUGACUACAGGGGUACAGUUUCCCUCAGCUAAUACAGUUCUUCAUGGGUAUCUUCAUUUUGAAGCACUCACUGAUCAUGACUAUCAGUAUUCCUGUGUAAAUUGUGGUGAUCAUCCACCAGUGGUCAUUAUGGACCUCCAUAAAAAGGGAGCCUUCCAUUUGUCAGUAAGUGACCUUGAACGACCUCCAGAGGACUUUAAUGGAGAGGUUGAUAUGGAGCAUUUUUGGGAAGCACUUUCAACGGAAAGGAUCAGUCGAGGAUUUGUAACAAGUGAUCAACACAAUCCAUUUAAAGUUCCGCCAACUUUUCACUUUUGGGCGCCGUGGAUAGGCAGAAAUACACGCCGGUCAAACAGUGUCCUCAAUACGGAAUUUGAAAAAGUCCGUCCGGCAAAACCAGAUGAGGUCUGUGAAAUAACAGUCUCUGAAGACCGCCUGACAGAGGAGCUGUACAAGCAGAAGGUUCAAGUGGUUAGGAAAUUAUGCAGGGAGUGUGGGUUGGAUUCCUCUGGAUCGCGAAAUGACCUCCUCCUGAGACUGUCCAAUGAAUUGAAGUCAAUGCACACGUAUGACAAGGUCUUUCAAAAGAUUUGGGCUGCGUCAGGCGGAUGGGCUGUGAUUAUGUGCCCGUGUGGCAUUGUAUACAGUAUAAAGUGCAACAUUAGAGCUGAAAGCCCACGUGACUUCACAGACAUGCUCCUUUCUUGGAAAUACAUGCCAAAUAUUGUAAUAUAUGACUUUGCACGUGGACUAGCAACACAAAUGAAUCUGAGAGAACCAGAAAGGUUGCCCUUCAAACCAUUUGAAGGACGGUUAAAAGCCCCAACUGCAGAAAACAUAGCACUAGCCAAAGAUGGGAAACUAAAGGUCUCACUUCCUUGGUUGAAUUGCAAGAAAGUGGUCCCAGACUGUUAUGGCCAUCCCAUAACUGGUUCAGCAGAGCAUUAUGCUCUGUAUGAUCGUUUCCAUGAAGAUAACACAAAGGAUGCCCGUGAUGCCUUGCGGAAGCUUGGCCUGGUCCCGCAACUUGCUGGAAUAGUCAACAGCCAAGUAGCAGAACAGCUGUUUGUAAAAAUGAAAAAAAAAAACAAUUACUUCUUAAACAUGGCUUUACCAUCAACUCAUCUGUUUCUCAUGAGGAAUAUCAUUCACCACUACAAUUGUCACAAAAACAAACAACGAUUGGGAGACAUAAAAAAGGCUUUCGAUACCAAGAUAGCUAUGAAUAUCCACAGCCAGGCAGUGUUGGCAGAAUCCGUGCCCCCGACAGUGGCCCCCGGCACAACACCGACAGCGGCCCCCGGCACGACCCCGACAGCGGCCACCGGCACAUUCCAGACAGCGGCCACCGGCACAUUCCAGACAGCGGCCCCCGGCACGACACCGACAGCGGCCACCGGCACGACCCCGACAGCGGCCCCCGGCACAUUCCAGACAUUGGCCCCCGGCACGACCCCGACAGCGGCUAUUGUCUACUCUUUGGCAUUUAUGCUCUUUGCAAAAGAAUGGAAUCCUAUACAGGACCAACUGCUCAAUUAUGUGCUGGACACAGGACGUCCUGCAGCUGAAAUUAUUGUGAAAGAAGGGCCCUUAUGUAUCACACGUGAAGAAUUCUGGAGCCUGGGGUUGCUAAGAGACAUGGAUUCUCAUGUGAGUACUGGGAAGUUAAUAAACACAAGGAAGGGAAACAGCAUUUUUAUUUGCUUUUAUGCUUGUUCAUUGAUGAGUUUUGAUUGA